CGGAGGCGGUGAUGUCGGUGCAGGUCGUGUCGGCGGCGGCGGCCAAGGUGCCUGAGGUGGAGCUGAAGGAUCUGAGCCCGUCCGAGGCGGAGCCGCAGCUGGGACUGAACCCCGCGGCCUUGAGCGCCAUGGUGCCCCCGGCGGGCGGCGGAGACCCCGAGGCUCCGGCUCCCGCGGCCGCCGCGGCCGAGCGGCCCCCGGCCCCCGGCCCGGGCUCGGGGCCCGCCGCCGCCGCGCUCAGCCCUGCCGCCGGGAAGGUGCCCCAGGCGUCGGCCAUGAAGCGGAGCGACCCGCAUCACCAGCACCAGCGGCACCGCGACGGCGGCGAGGCCCUGGUCAGCCCCGACGGCACCGUCAGCGAGGCGCCGCGCACCGUCAAGAAGCAGAUCCAGUUUGCUGACCAGAAGCAGGAGUUCAACAAGCGUCCCACCAAGAUCGGACGGCGCUCCUUGUCUCGUUCCAUCUCUCAGUCGUCCACUGACAGCUACAGUUCCGCGGCCUCAUACACAGACAGCUCUGACGAUGAGACGUCCCCCAGGGACAAGCAGCAGAAGAACUCCAAAGGCAGCAGCGACUUCUGCGUCAAGAACAUCAAACAGGCGGAGUUUGGACGAAGAGAAAUUGAAAUUGCUGAGCAAGAAAUGCCUGCCCUGAUGGCUUUGAGGAAGAGAGCUCAAGGAGAAAAGCCUUUGGCCGGAGCCAAAAUCGUGGGGUGCACACACAUCACUGCUCAGACCGCUGUGCUUAUGGAAACUCUGGGUGCGCUGGGGGCGCAGUGUCGAUGGGCUGCCUGCAACAUCUAUUCCACCCUCAACGAAGUUGCUGCUGCUCUAGCAGAAAGUGGAUUUCCUGUCUUUGCCUGGAAAGGAGAGUCAGAAGAUGACUUUUGGUGGUGCAUUGACAGAUGUGUGAAUGUGGAGGGCUGGCAGCCAAACAUGAUCUUGGACGAUGGAGGGGAUCUUACUCACUGGAUUUAUAAGAAGUAUCCCAACAUGUUUAAGAAAAUCAAGGGUAUAGUCGAGGAGAGCGUUACCGGAGUGCACAGGCUGUACCAGCUGUCCAAGGCAGGGAAGCUGUGUGUUCCAGCCAUGAAUGUCAAUGACUCAGUCACCAAACAGAAAUUUGACAACCUCUACUGCUGCCGGGAAUCGAUUCUUGAUGGACUUAAAAGGACAACAGACAUGAUGUUUGGUGGAAAGCAGGUGGUUGUCUGCGGUUAUGGAGAGGUGGGGAAGGGGUGCUGUGCAGCUCUAAAAGCCAUGGGUUCUAUUGUGUAUGUGACCGAGAUUGACCCCAUCUGUGCCCUGCAGGCCUGUAUGGAUGGAUUUCGGCUGGUGAAAUUAAAUGAGGUCAUCAGACAAGUGGACAUUGUUAUUACCUGUACAGGUAACAAAAAUGUGGUAACCAGAGAACACUUGGACCGCAUGCAGAACAGCUGCAUUGUUUGCAACAUGGGCCAUUCCAACACAGAGAUCGACGUGGCGAGUCUGCGGACCCCAGAGCUAACCUGGGAGCGGGUGAGGUCCCAAGUUGACCACGUGAUAUGGCCUGACGGCAAGAGGAUAGUACUGCUGGCAGAGGGUCGUCUGCUGAACCUCAGCUGCUCCACAGUGCCUACCUUUGUGCUCUCCAUCACUGCGACCACCCAGGCUCUCGCCUUGAUCGAGCUUUACAAUGCUCCUGAGGGCCGCUACAAACAAGACGUCUACCUUUUGCCCAAGAAAAUGGAUGAGUAUGUGGCAAGCCUGCACCUGCCCACCUUUGAUGCCCACCUGACAGAGCUGACAGAUGAACAGGCCAAGUAUCUGGGACUCAACAAGAACGGGCCCUUCAAGCCUAAUUACUACAGGUAUUAAGUUCCUGUAACUCAAGCCAGAAGAAGUUUUAAGGAAUAGAAUUCCAAGCCUUUUCUCCACUACUAUACAAGAAAGAAUCCAGCAAGCUGCUUCUCCAAUCAGAGCUUCCCGCCGUGCUCACCCUCUGUGUUAGGUUAUUUAUUUAUUAAAAGCUAGAAUCCUGUGCCUGUAGCCUUGGGCCCAGAGUGUGGUUACUGCCCCAAGGGCCAUGAAAGCUGCAGAAGACAGGCUGAGGAAAGAAGAUGGGGCAGCGUCCCCUGCGCGUCACUGACGUCACCCCCCAGUGGCUCGGAAUCCUCAGCAGUGGCCGUUCUCCGUCUUGUUCGGGCUCAGGAGGCGGUCCAGGGGUUCCAGACGCCUUCAUCCCUGGGGUUUCCUGAUCAGCUGCCUUUCUCAGCUUUGCCCUUGCCCAGGUGAGACCCUUGGGAAGCCACUACAUUAACAUGGCCUGGGUUCGCAAGCGCAGCCGUCUCUGUCACUCACUGCCUUUACAGAGAGGCUGCUGAGGAAGGAGGUGCCAAGCACUCAGUUCUGCCUGUGCCUCCUUGUCUGCUUCCUGGCUGUGUAGCCCUUUUCCUCUCCUGGAAUAUCAUUUGAACACUUUCUUAUUCCAAGAGGGCUGUGCCUCCCAUGCUUCUUCAACAGCUCUGUUGGCUAUCAGAUGUUUGUAACCCCACCAACCUUUGCUCAGGAAGUGGGGCCAGCUCCGCUGACAACUAUUUCCUUCCCUUAUCAUUGACCCGCAGUUUCACAGGCAGGCCCUUUGUGAUGGACAGUAUCUCAGAAAAGAAGAGCUUGGAGACACUGCUUCCUGAAACUCUGUAUUAUUGCCUAAAACCACUUCUGAAACUAAGUAGGGAAAGGCACUGGGGACUGGAACAGGUCUUCCAGGCCCACAGCUUGACACCCUGAAGAAGCAGAAUAACAUAGGAAAGACUUUUCCUUUUGUUCCAGCGUGACUAGCUGAGAGACAGGGAUGACGCCAAACUGUCCUGAUGAUCAGAGCUGGUUAGAACCUCAUCAGACAUCUGUCUCUCUGAUCAUUGCCCUUGAUAAAGAGAGAGCUGGAGCUAAAGCUGCAUCUGCGGCUUGUCUUCUCUGCUGCUGUUAUCUUUGAUAAGCUCAUCUAUUCCAUAUAAAGAUUAGGAAUUUCAGAUAGGUGAGCAGCAGAAAAUGUUACAUAUUCCACCCCAAGAGUUGGAUUCCUUUUGGAAGAAGGGAUUCCUCAAGCGUGCUAGUCCACAGAGGUUCCAUUCGGCCCACCUUGGUCCCAAGAGUUAACAUCUGGAGUGGCCCUCGGACAGUCCCUCUCCUCCCCACCCAGCCUUGUUUAACACUCCUGUUGCUUGAUUACAAGGUGGCCCAAGGAGACCCUGAUCAGCCAAGCUCACAGUGACCUUCCCGUCUGACUCUCCCCAUACUUCCACUCUCUCUGCUUCCCCUGGUCUUCGCAUAGACCCUCAGAGCUAGUCUGGAAGUGACCUUACUUUUGCAGGUAGGAGAUGCAGCAAAUGGCUAUUUGCCUCAGCAAACAUUUUCUAGGCUUAGCGCAUAAAGUCGGCAUUUCAGAGUCCACAUGUGUCAACAAGGAUGGAAAAAUGCUACGCAUAUGGCUGCAUCUUUUUUCUUUUUUCUUCUUCUUCUUUUUUUUUUUAAUGAGAAAGAUCAGAAAUCUUGGAAAAUUCUGCCAGGCCACUGCACCAGUUCUUCCUUUGCCUUCCCAGUUUGGAUGUUUAUAUGAAUUGGAUCUCUUUCACAGAAGGCACAGAUCUUCAUACCUCAUCUUAGAUCCAGAACAGAUUCCAUGAGGCACAUCUCUGGACCCCACCUAGCCUGUUGUGUUCUUAGACCAAAAACCACAACCUGCUGUUUCUCAGCAAAGCCUUGCUCUCUCGGGAGCUUCCUGUGCGCUGCUACCUAGAGCACAUUCUCGCCUUGCUGUGGGAGAGAAUCAUUCCAAGAAAAAGGAAGGGAGCCACCCGGCCUCUCAGUUGCGCUGCCAGAGUUGCCACUCCCGAGGAGGUAUUUGCCUCUGAUCUUCGGGGCCUCUGUUCCCUUUGGGGGACCCACUCCAGCAGCCAUUAGUCUAGAGGCCCAGCUCUCCAGGGUCCUUGUGUUCUUAGAGUUGGAAUCAGGUCAUUCCUCCUCGGCCCUUGGAAUCAGCAAAGGUCAUCCACUCUCUCACCUGAGAUGCUUCUUGGCCAUCUGUAGGCACGGGGUGGGGUGCAGGAUCUCUGUGUGUGGCCCUGGUCUGUGGGGAUACAUGCCAUUUUUUCUAUCAUGAGGUUGUGCUACAUUUCAAGGUCCUUUUUUUUUUUACCUUCAUAAUGGAAAUAUUCUGUUUUCUUUUUCUCAUAAAAAUACAUAUAUGCCUAGAUCUUCUAUCUGUAGUCUCCGUCCCCUCGGCCCUCUUGCCUCCCUCCCUCCCACGAGCAUGGCCUCCAUGGCCACAAACUCCUGCAAAAGCUUUUUUGCUGCUUGGCUUUUCUCUGAACAGAUCAGAAAUCGCUGCUCCUGUGGUUUUUCUCAAAAUUAACUUUGUCAUGGUUAAAAAAAAUCAAGAUGCAUUCUUGCAUUCAGCUUUUUGAAUAAAGGAAAAUUACAGCGGGAAAAUAGGCAACACCAGCAAAUUAUAUGUGAACAAGUUCUAAACCAUAUAUAUAUAUUCAUAAAUAUAUUACCUAAUCAUCUAGUUCUUGAUGUCAUCUUACUGAAAGGAAUCAAAGCUGUAAGGAUCAGCGUUUUUGAGAAGCUCUUGGAAAUCUUUAUGUCUGAGUGAUUGUAUUAGAUCAGCAAUAACGACUAUGUAAUCUCAAAAGACAAAUAAAAUAUUCUUCAAGUGGA